AUGGAUGUGAAUAAUGUUUGUCUGCAUGGUGACCUUCAUGAAGAGGUUUAUAUGACAUUGCCACCUGGUUUUGCCAGCAAGGGGGAGACUAAUAUGAUUGAAGGAGCAUCUAUCAUUAGGCUUUUAGUAUAUGUUGAUGAUAUUUUAAUUGCUAGAAAUGAUGUUAAUACUAUGGAUUCUUUGAAUACUUAUUUGAAUACUCAUUUCAAGUUGAAAUUUUUAGGUCCUUUGAAAUAUUUCUUGGGACUUAAAGCUGCUAGGUCUUCUAAAGGGAUUCACUUAUGUCAAAGGAAGUAUUCAUUAGAAAUUAUUGAGGAUUGUGGCUUGCUUGACUGUAAACCAGCUAAUACACCAAUGAAUCAUAAUUUGGCUCUUAAGUCUAGUGAUGGUGAUGAACUGGAAGAUCCCUCUCAAUAUAGAUGGUUAGUUGGAAGGUUGAUAUACUUGACUAUAACAAGGCCAGACAUUUCUUUUUCUGUUUAA